GCAGGAGAGAAUCAGGUCUCAGUUUAAAGUUUGCACCGGGAUCAUGCGGAUUCACUUUGACUUCACCUGAAGCACCGACAGCAUCUCAGUCUGGGACUUUGCUUCUUCUUUGUGGACCAUCAUCUCAGCAGCGGAGAGCGUGCCAAGAAGAUGCAGCUACAGCAGUGCUGACCAGCAGCAGCUCAACGCGUCAAAACCCUGGACAGCCGAUGGGGCUGCAGCCCGGAUGUAGGACUGGGUCAGAGCCGCGAGCCCUGGUUCCAUGCACCAUGUCUGGACCCGCCCUCCCGCUGUACCUGCUGCUGUGGAUUUUAGGAGCAGCCGUCUCGACCACGCUUUGUCAGGUCAUACCCAUAGGUCCGGCCAGUCUGACCGCCGAGGCCGGCGACCCCCUGGUGCUCGGCUGCAACAUCACCACGGAGACGGGGGACACGGUCCGCCAGGUGCGCUGGGUCAACAAACACGGCAAGCUGCUCCUGGCGUACGAGCAGGGCGCCAAGUUUCACGUCAGCCACAACGAGCCCAACGUGCAGCUCACCACCUCCCACAGCAACAGCAGCUACAUCACCAUCAGCCGGGCGCGGCCGGACGACAGCGGCUGCUACCGCUGCAUCUUUGACAUCUACCCCGGGGGGCUGCAGCAGGCCUCCACCUGCAUCACCGUCACUGGGAAAGUGCACCUGGACGGCAACAGGACGGCCAUAAGCGGGCAGCCCGUCACGCUGUCCUGCUGGUACAGCCUCCCCCAGAGGGUUCGCCAGGUGCUCUGGAGGAAGACGGCGGAGCAGGGCGACACGGCCACCGUGGCGUCCUUCGCCACCAACAGCCCUCACACGGAGGAGCAGUUCAAGGACCGGGUCAGCCUGAGCCAGACGCUGGGAGACACCCAGCUGACCAUCCGGAGGGUGCAGACGGAGGACGAGGGCUGCUACACCUGCGAGUUCCACACCUACCCGGACGGCACCAAGAGCGCCGCCGCCUGCCUCUCCAUCUAUGUUCUGCCCACGCCGGAGGUGAGCCACGUCACGUUGCCCUCCGGAGUCACGGAGGCCAACUGCACGGCCCAGUCCCGGCCCGCCGCAGAGAUCACCUGGGACGUGGGCGGUGAGAACCGAACGAUGGGGCCGCCCAUCUCGUCGGUGUACGACCAGGGCGACGGCACCACCAUCGUGACCAGCACGCUGCUCUUCCAGGCAGCGCUGCUCAGCGAGCGGUCGGUCAAGUGUCUCGUGCACCACCCGGGUUUGGAGAAACCCAUGGUUUUGGCCCUCAACACCCACGCAGGGGUGCGUCCGGCUGUGAUCGUCCUCCUCUCGGUGUGCGGCGUGGCAGCGGUCCUCCUCCUCUGUCUGUGUGUCUGUCUCUGCAAGUGCUUCAUCUGCACCGAAGACUGAUUUGGACGCCGGCUCCAGCACUGCUUUGAUGAAGGGCCAGCGGAGCUCUGACCCUGACCCGGCUACCCGGCACCGGGCCUUCAGCUCGGCCUGCAGAGGGAAGGGGACAGAGCUGCUGCUUCUGCUCCCAUGAACUGGAGACACUGGUGGGGACACACGGGAAUCCUGCAGGAACUAAAAUCACAUUAUUUAAUACUAGAAACUCCACUUUCUGUAGUAAAAUUCCUUACUUUAAUGAACUCUGAGAAAAGAGGAUUAUAUGUAUAUCUUGUGGAAUUUGGGAGGACAGUUAGUUGGAGGUAAAACAGUUCUUUCAGCACUUUUUCUGGUGAGAUUGGAUCAGUUGUCUUAUGAUAAAAGUUCUGACCUCUUCUGUUGUCCAAAACCUGCUCAAAACGUAGCUUUUAACAUUUUAGCUCCCAUAUAAUAUCAAUGUCAGUAAUUAAAGUUUACGUUGAUUCGAUGUUCAUAAGUGUAAUUUUAUAAUGAUUUAAUGCUUAAAGGAACUCAGGUCAUUAAUAAGAUUUAACUGAAGGGAGCGGCAGAAACACGGCCUGAACAUCCAUUAAUAACCAUUUACUUAAGAUAAGUCGAGUUAUCCAGUGUAGGAAAUCCCCCAACCAAUCACAAGGUCUGGUUGUCACUCCGCCUGCGUCACGUUUUCUCUGAUUGAUUGUUGAAGUUGAAUCCAGAGGAAUCAGGCUAAUUCUUUGUAUCGAAGAGGUAAAUGAUUAGAUAAACGGGCAAUUUACUGGAAACAUAAGCGAAUAACCUCACCACUUACGGACCCCCUCUGGGUUGAAAGUGAGGUCCUUGGUUUUGGAUCCCUUUUGGUUUCAGUUUUAUAGGCUUCCCAUCUGACGCCUGUGUGGCGAAUACAGUAGAUGUGAAGUAAACGGGCGUGAGCUAAAAAAAAAGCUCUGUGUGUGUCCUGUAUAAUUUGAGUAACAGUAGCCUGACAUACAUCCCACUCGGGCGGGGCCACCGCGGAUCCUGUGGACAAACGUGCAUUUUAGAGCCCACUUUUCCCUUAUAUGUAUUCUAUAAACGCCGCCUGGGUUGUUGCCUGUGAUGUCAUCCGUCUCCACUCGAAAGCUGAACACUAGAGGAACAAAAGUACAGUCAAAUAAAACAAAAAUACUUGAAAUAACUAAACUGUUUCCGACUCAGGCGGCGAGUUUGCUCCUCUGGAGUUCUUCGCCACGGCUGAAUGGUUUUGGUACGCCACGAUGGUGUCCAUCACCUGAAAUCCCUGUGUUUGUUGGGUGGAGAAGGAUGAUUAAAAGGAGUCCCAUUUUAAACCUGCCAGUAACGGGAAAGCCAAAAGCAGCAGCAAUCCUGAUUUCCAAUGUAGUGAAGCGGGCCUGUGUGAGUCAGCCGGUGAGGGAAGACGGGGGCUCUGGUAUUUUUAGCUGCCGUGUGGGACGGCAGGAGGGAGGCCGACCUGUUCCCUUCGCGGUCGACGCCACCCUGACGAUUCCUGAGCAGAUGAACCCUGCUGGGAAUCGCUCUGCAUACCUCUGGGAAACACACGGGCAGCGCUUGUGUCCGCACAUGAAGGACAUUUUAAGUUUGUCAUUAAUGCUGUUUGAACACUGAAGUGCUUUUUUUGUACAGUUUUUCUGAGUUUUUGAAAGAUGAUCUGUAGGGAUCAGCAUUGCUCACAUUUUAUUAGGGAUACUAGUCCUGCAGUCACCAUGUACAGUUUUAUUUAACUGGUUAACUUUUGUUAAAUAAGUGUCCAAAACAAAUAUGCACUAAUUAAACUAAAUAUAAAUUUUACAGUAGUCUGAUAUAUGUAUAUAAAUAGAUGAUUAUACAGUUUAAAUAUGAAAAAAUAUAAUUUAACUCAACAAACUAACUUUAUCUGUGACUUUUGUUUGUG